AUGCAAGCAGCAAAGUCCGAGUCAUUGGAUAGGAUUAUAAAGCUGACAAAUGAAUUACGGAUUUAUCACAACGACAUUCUUAAAAAAAUCGAUCAAAAAGAAGCCGAGUUGAAGCAAUUAUUAUGCGAGCUCGCGAAGCCUCGCACUGGGUGGGAUCGUUCACUCAAUCGGGCACUAGGGAAUGAAACGGCGCGCAUUCUGCACGCGAUACCACUGCCCAUCCACCGCGCGUCCUCCUCCUCCUCCGAGGAGGACGAGGACGAACUAGGCAAACCAAAGGAAGGAAAAUGCGAUUACGGAGAUCAUCUUCGCAACGAGGAAACGGUGAAAGAAUCUGCGUUCACGCGAGGGGCGGGGGAUAGCGUGCUGCGGUCGCUCACCGUUGAGCAGCGGCGGUUUCUCGUGGUGCGGCGGCCGAACGCGAGGGAAUUCCCCCCCUCUUGCGAGGCUGGGGUGGAUUCCUUAGAUCUUUCCCCCAUCGCACGGCUCCCUUUUGAUCAGGAUCGCUCCUUCGACGAGCGCGAUGAAGAAGAAAAGGAGGAAGAGGAAGGGGGGGGGAUCGCUUCGCAGGGGCCCCCUGCCGCCGCGAAACGCGUUCGUUUCACUAGCCAAAGUCCUCUCGUUUCGAUUUUUCCCGUCGAGGAGACACCGAAAGAGGAAGAAAUGGACGAUCAAAAGAUCUUCAACAGAAUGCGAGAAUGCGAGGCAUCGACGCCGACCCCUCCUCUAUCCAACUCCGCCUCCUCCUCGCCUGCGAUGAGCGGGGAGGCGGAGGCGGCGCGAGAUUCGAGUGAAGGGCGGCCGGGGCGUCGCUCUUCACCAAUUUAUCUCGCCCGAUCGCGUCGAGAGCGCACAAGGAAAGGAGGGCGAUCUCUCGCGGAGUUGGAAACCACCCCUUCCGCGCUGGAAACCACGUUUAACGCACUGGAAACGACGCCCCUCCCGCCGCGGCCGCUGCCUCGCCCGGCGAGGGUGGCGGCGUUUCGUCGGAUCGCCACCCCACCCCAUCGUCCCUCCAAACCGGUGAUGCUCGCGGGAGGUCCGACGCUUUACUUUAGCUAA